AGCGUCGGUACCGGAGAAUGAGAGAGACACUAGCGAAACAUCACACGACAAGACACUGGACCUGUCAGUCCUUUAGUUUUUAUUUCAAUUUCCUCGUUUCUCCAGGUGUGUUAUAGUAGGAAAUAAGAUGGCUACGUCGGCCAGCGCCAGCUUGAGUAAAGCUGUCAAGCAGCAGUACAUGGAGCUCCCUCAGGGGGAUAAAGUCCAAGCCAUGUAUAUUUGGAUUGAUGGAACUGGAGAGGGACUCCGAUGCAAAACCAGGACGCUGGAUUUUGAGCCCAAGAGCAUCGAAGAUCUCCCUGAGUGGAACUUUGAUGGCUCCAGUACCUACCAGUCUGAGGGCUCAAAUAGCGACAUGUAUCUGGUUCCUUCUGCCAUAUUCCGUGAUCCAUUCCGCAAAGACCCCAACAAGCUGGUCCUGUGUGAAGUGCUGAAGUACAACCGCAAACCUGCAGAAACCAACCUUCGAAUUACAUGUAAGAAGGUGAUGGAUAUGGUGGAGGAACAGCAUCCUUGGUUUGGCAUGGAGCAGGAGUACACCAUUCUGGGAACAGAUGGACAUCCAUUUGGCUGGCCAUCUAAUGGUUUCCCUGGACCACAAGGUCCAUACUACUGUGGCGUGGGAGCUGACAAAGCCUAUGGCAGAGAUAUAGUGGAGGCCCACUACAGAGCUUGUCUGUAUGCUGGAGUCCAGAUUUGUGGCACGAACGCAGAAGUGAUGCCUGCUCAGUGGGAGUUCCAGGUUGGACCUUGUGAAGGGAUCAAUAUGGGGGAUCAUCUCUGGGUGGCACGUUUCAUCCUGCACCGUGUCUGUGAAGAUUUUGGUGUUGUUGCCUCAUUUGACCCCAAGCCAAUCCCUGGUAACUGGAACGGUGCUGGCUGCCAUACAAACUUCAGCACAAAGGAGAUGAGGGAAGAUGGUGGAUUAAAGGCCAUUGAAGAUUCCAUUGAGAAGCUUGGGAAGAGGCACCAAUAUCACAUUCGUGCCUAUGAUCCCAAAGGGGGGCUCGACAACGCCCGCCGUCUCACUGGCCACCACGAAACCUCAAACAUCGACGAAUUCUCCGCAGGGGUGGCUAACCGCGGCGCCAGCAUCCGCAUUCCUCGUAAUGUCGGCCAGGAGAAGAGAGGCUACUUUGAGGACCGCCGCCCAUCGGCCAACUGCGACCCGUACGCUGUGAUCGAGGCCCUCAUCCGCACCUGCUUGCUGAACGAGGAAGGAGACGAACCUGCGGAUUACUAAAUCUACAACUCGUGGACUGACACCCACUGCCCUCCUGACUUUAUCUUUUCUUUUAAACUAGUACUGUAUUUUUUAUUUUCUCUCCCACUGAGAUGAUUUUAACCUGCAUUUUAAUGGCUUAAAGUUGGCUGGUCAACUUAAAACAUGACAAGGUAAUGAGAUCCUUGGUAGUUGUGAGCUGGUAAUGGCAGGGUAUGUCUUUCCCCUCUGCUUUUGAAGGGAUUGACUUUUGUAACACUGUUUUAUAGCCCAUGUCAUCUUUCCCUUUUUUGUCUGUAACUAAAAGAACUAAAGCACAUGGACACUGAAGAGUAGAGCUGCUAAGGCUGGACAGCAUGUCUAACUUAAUAAAUCUGACUAGUUCAUGUACUGUUAAUAUAUGUUGACCUGCCUUUUCAACUAUCCAGUCGUCGAUGUUACUAAUUCUUUGAUUUUAUGAAGUGUCUAUUUUUUAAAUGGCAACAUUUGAUGUCGUCAGAUUUUUGACACACUGGGUCAACUUGUAUGGUACACUUUGUAGAUGUCUAUACCCAGUCGUAUGUUGUUCAAAUGUGGAUCUGUCCAUAAUGCCAUUUGUAGAUUUCCUCAAGGAGUUUUAUCCUUUUGUUAACUGCGAUAUUGUAAUGCACCUGAUUUGGUAAAACAUCAAGUUUACUGAACCUGGUGUUUUUUAUUGAUACAUUUAAAACUUUUAUUUUUAUCACAA